UCAGCACAGCAACAGGAAGUGUGUCACUUGAACCUUGUUCACAGCUAACCCUGAAGAGAAACAGUGUUUUCCACCGAUAUGUACCAUGGCUAACCAGCUGCUCCUCAUUCUGCUCUGCUCUUCUCUGUUCUGUCUCCUGAAGUCAGAAAGAAAUGUAUUUUUAUCAGAUAAAAAUGCAAGCACUUUUCUGAAAAGGAUGAAGCGAGCCAAUUCAGUAUUUGAGGAAUUUAAGAAAGGAAAUAUUGAAAGAGAGUGUUAUGAGGAGCAGUGCUCAAAAGAAGAAGCAAGAGAAGCCUUUGAAGACCAGGAGAAAACUGAGGAGUUCUGGAAUGUUUAUGUAGAUGGGAACCAGUGUGAUACAAACCCUUGCGAGUAUGGUGGAACAUGCAAAGAUGGCAUUGGUACCUAUACCUGCACAUGUCUGACUGGCUAUGAAGGAAAAAACUGUCAACAUUCGAUACAAAAAUCCUGCAGAGUGCAGAAUGGUGGCUGUUUGCACUUCUGCAGACGUGUAGGAAAUGAUGUCCAGUGCUCCUGUGCUGAUGGGUAUAUUCUGGCAAAUGAUGGACAAUCCUGUGUUUCUACAGACAUGUUUUCAUGUGGUAGAACUAUAACGACAAGGACAAAGAGAGAAGCAAAUUCACCCCAGCACAUUUCCAGUCCUUCUUCCGACGAUGGUGAAAUUCCCGAAAUUCCUGGAUACUAUGUUUACUAUGAUCCCAUGGAUUACGUUAAUGCUACUCACAGCUCAGAGCCCCAGGAUGAAACGCUGGAGAAAAGGGAAGAAACUGAAACUGAUUCAGACCGUGAUCCCAGAAUAGUUAAUGGAACAGACUGCAAAUUUGGUGAAUGUCCAUGGCAGGCACUUCUACUAAAUGAUGAAGGAGAAGGGUUUUGUGGAGGAACAAUCUUGAGCCAUAUAUAUGUACUUACCGCAGCUCACUGUAUGAACCAAACAAAAUUUCUUCAAGUUACUGUAGGGGAACGGGACACAAAGGCAAGAACAGGAACAGUUCACGCUGUGGACAGAGUAUAUGUACAUCACAAAUUCGUGCUCAAAACCUAUGACUAUGAUAUAGCCCUCAUAAAGUUAAGGGAUCCAAUCCAAUUUUCUGAGAACGUGAUCCCUGCUUGCCUUCCCACUCCAGACUUUGCUAAUCAGAUUCUAAUGAACGAAAAGCAGGCAAUUGUUAGCGGUUUUGGGCGCAUUGUUGAAGGAGGCCGCAUAUCCACCACCCUUAAAGUAGUUAAACUGCCCUAUGUGGAUAGGCAUUCCUGCAAGCUGUCGAGUAAUUUCCCAAUCACUGAAAAUAUGUUCUGUGCCGGCUAUAGCAAUGCAGCUCAUGAUGCUUGCCAGGGAGACAGUGGAGGCCCGCAUGUAACCGAAUACAGGGGCACGCACUUCGUUACCGGUGUAAUCAGUUGGGGAGAAGGGUGUGCACAGGAAGGAAAAUAUGGCGUUUAUACAAAGUUGUCCAAAUUCAUAGGUUGGCUCAGGAAAAUAAUGCGCAUAAAGCCAAAACAGAAUGUUACGCAAAACCCACAACAAAAUGAUGUGCCAUAAACCACAAAAGGCUCAGGCAUGAGCACACAUGCUGUAAUCUCCAAAUCUUAGUGGCAUAUUUCAUACAGGCAUCCCAUGGGUAAAUUAAACAAACCAUUCUGUUUAGAACUACUAGUAUAUUAAUUGGCGGGUCUAAUCCUUCAAGAUUUCAAAGCUACUGUAUCUUCUUUGUGUAGAGUUAACUUAACCUAGUUUGCCAAGGCAUCUGAGGGCAUCCUGUUCUAGCAUAACAUCUCACUUAUGUCUGUACGGCUUAGACUGGGGCAAAGUAUUUCAUUUCAAAUUCAUAAGCUCUAGAAUGGGAACUUUUAAUCCUUAAGGACACAGAAAUAGGAUCCCAGUAAAAGGUGACCUUUCUCCCCCCCCCUUUUUUUUUUUUUUUUUUUUUUUGAUUACACAAUCACACAUUGAGAAUAUUCAGCCACAAAGAGAUAGAUUCGGUGCCCUUUUUAAAAAUCUGACCAAGGCAUGUAUUUCCAUAUCUGAAAAUGUGUUCUGUUUGAAAAGUAUUAAGCCUUUCAAAUUUGUGAUUUAAUUAAAGUCUAUUCUAAAAAAGAAAAGAAAAGAAGUUACCUGUAUCUGAACAGGCAUCAUUGCUGAACAUCACAAGAUUAUAUUAACAUCUGUUAACAUGCCCAGUGUAUACAUUUCAAAUUUACAAUUCACAUUUCACUUCUUUAAAACUUCAGUGUACAUUCUCCUAGUUUUGUCUUUUGUGCCAACACAAUUAACGUUUUUAAUAUUUUGGGGCAUGAACCAGUUACAGCUUAGCUCAUUGAAUCUUACUUAUUUUCACUAAGAGUUAAAAAAAAAAAAACAUCCUUAUUUUUCCCCACUGAAACCAGUGGGGUUAAAGAUAUCUAAUAUUGCAAUGGGAAAUAUUUCCAUGCCAGCAGUAGAGAUGGUGAACACACGGCGGUCAUAUAAUUGAAUCAAUUAAAGCAAAAAGGUUGUUGGCAGGAUAUUGCAAAUGGAGGGUGGGUCAACCUCAUUAUUGUUCACUGCUUUAUUUUUUUUUAAUGCUAGCUGACUGCUCCUGUGCUGAAGUGAUAUAGCAGGUGCUGCUCAGACUCUAGAUUUUUUUAAAAAUAAGAAUUAUAGUGGUAACGCUCAUCACCGCUGAUAUCAAAGGCAAUGUCCAAUAUCUGCCGUUCCACAUGGCAAUUACAGUAACAAUUAAUGCAGUAUUUGAAGAACAUUGAUAUCGCUGCAAUCGAAACUAUACAUAUUUAGGCCAAUCCUGUGCAUGUUUUCACAAGAGAUAAAUUCCAUUGGUUUUAGUGGGACUUACUCCCAGGUAAGUGUGCAUAGGAUUGCAGCCUUCAUGUGUUAGAAUUAGAUCCUAGUAUUAAGCUUUUCUGUGCUAAGUGAAGGCAAGGCCGCUUCACACAACCAAUAUAAUAUAGUAACAGUGGUGGUAUGAUGUCAUAAUGAAAUCAACACAAUUGAUUUUUUCACCAAAGUCUUAUGAAUGUGUGGUGCAGCCAGGACAAGCUGGUGGCUCCUCUUUCAGGAAGGCUGUGAAUCUGCUCUGUGUUUCAGUCAGAACUCUAAGGGGCCUGUCCACAGUGCUGAACCCAUUUUGAGGAUUGGGUUCAGCACUUUGGAUAGCUCUUUCAGAGUUUUGAUCAGUUCGGAAUGAAACGGAGAGCAGACUCACUGCCCCACUAAAAUAGGAGCCACAAGCCUCCAUAGGAUGCAGCUCAACACCUUCUGAUCAGACACACAUUGCAAAGGUGAGAGCUUCACUUCUCAGGACAUUCACAAACGAAUGGUCGCUCUGCCCCUAAGCUGCAAAUAGUUUUCCUGGAUGGUCACAGUAGGAAGAGAAUGAGAAUAAUGUUCCAAGGCCCUGCACUUCAAGGGAGGCUGACAGUACAAACAGAUCAUCCCGAUGGUUGCAUGAUGGUUUUGAAAGAACCUGAUGAGUGACCCAUAUAUUUUAUGGCUUCUUAUUUGCAAAUACUUUGUCAUUUUUCUACCUUUCAUAUUCUGAUUUGCACCAUAUGCAAUAAUAAUAAAAAUGUAUUAAAUGAUGGGAAA